GCUACGGACUUGACAGCUACGUAAACAACUAUGGAGGGAGACAGGCGGCUGACCCAGGCGCCGGGAGGAGGAUGGGCCAUCGACGUCACGCCCAGAGCCCCCAUCCGGGAACCAAGGCGGAGGCUCGCCCCUCAAAAUGGCGACAGCAGUGACGCGCCUGCCUACGGAACUCACCCGUCGCGCCACGGACGACGGGAAGUGAGGUUUUCAGAAGAGCCGCCAGAAGUGUACGGCGACUUCGAGCCCCCGGUGACCAAAGAAAGGUCCCCGGGGGGAAGACGUACCCCGCUAGAAAAGUUCCGGCCGGAUUCUGCGAAAGAGGAAGUGAGAGAAAGCGCUUACAACCUUCGUUCUCGACCACGGAGGCGGCGGGGACCCCAGGAAGCCGAGGAGAUGAAGACGCGAAGGUCCACCCGGUUGGAGCAGACCUCACAGCAGCCUCAGCCGCAGCUGUCUCCGGCUACGAGCAGGCGAGGAUUACGGGACUCUCAAUCCUCAGAGGAUGAACCUUCUUCUUCCCAAACUGUUACAAGCCAAACAGCCUCAAAGAGAACUGUCAGAACACCAGAUGCUUCAAUGAUGAGUGAAGACCCUAUAAGCAAUUUAUGCAGACCCCCACUAAGAAGCCCAAGAUCUGAUUCAACGUACAAAACAAAUGGAAAUUCUAAAAUGAGUGAAAUAGAAGCUGUCAGUACCCAGCCAGUCCAUUUCUCUGAAGAAGGAGAAACCGAAGAUGAUCUAGAGAGCUCUUACAGUGACACCACUGUCAAGGUCAGAUCCAGGAACUCCGUUGAGUCUAGAGAUGAAGCCACCAGAUCCUCUAGUUACUGUCAAGAAUCAUCUUGGAGGUUACCACAGAGUCAGGACUUCACAGCUCAUGAGAAUCAGCCUUCAGUGCUGAACUCAAGAUGUCAAAAAAACGCUCAGGAGUGGGUUGAACAAGUCAUAAGAAUGAGGACUCGACUGCUACAAAACAACAUUCAGGAAUCAGAAUUUGGAAACCAAUCUCCAUCAACCUCUGGCCAACCAGAACCUGCUGAACAACCGGACAAUGAACCUUCUGUCAACAGAAAGCGGUGGCUGCUCGGUCUAGUUGUUUCCCUUGCCAUUGGAUUACUUUGGUUCUUUUAUACUCCUGCAGUGCAAACCACUGCUGUUCAAGAAUUCCAGAACCAGAUGAAACAACUUCAGUCUAAGUACCAGAGUCAAGACGAGAAACUGUGGAAAAGAGGCACAACAUUCCUAGAAAGACACCUGAAUAGCUCUGUCCCUCGGCCCCAGCCUGCCAUCCUUUUGCUCACUGCAGCCCAAGAUGCUAAAGAAGUGCUCAAGUGUCUGAGUGAACAAAUUGCUGAUGCCUAUUCUUCCUUCCGGAGUGUCCGUGCAAUCCGGAUUGACGGGGCAGGGAAAGCUGCUCAAGACAGUGACCUCGUCAAGCAAGAAGUAGAUCAAGAACUGAGCAAUGGGUUUAGAAAUGGCCAGAAUGCAGCUGUGGUACACCGCUUUGAGUCUCUGCCCGCAGGCUCAACCUUGAUCUUCUAUAAAUAUUGUGACCAUGAAAACGCAGCCUUCAAAGAUGUAGCCCUAGUCCUGACUGUACUGUUGGAGGAGAAGACACUGAAAGCCAGUCUAGGCCUGAAGGAAAUUGAAGAGAAAGUGAGAGAUUUCCUCAAAGUCAAGUUCACCAACUCUAACAAAGCCAGCUCCUACAACCACAUGGAUCCAGACAAGCUGAAUGGACUCUGGAGCCGCAUUUCUCACGUAGUAUUGCCCGUGCAGCCGGAAAAUGCCCUGAAAGGGGGCAGCUGCUUAUGAGGGGGAAAGUGGAAAUCACGUCUCGAAUUCUGAACAGUUUUCAGACUUUAACCAGAGACGGAAUACGGAGCAGUUUUUGAAAACUGGUUUCUUUUUAAAGGAAGUUAAGUUCAUACAUAAACGUGGAAUACCUAAAUCAUUUAUGCAGCCUGAUUAUCUGUGAUUUGAGAGAACCGUUUCUCUGUUUCCACUGAGAACUAUGUUAGGAGUGUUUAGCAUGGUCUAAAGUAUAUAUGCAAUUCCCUGAGGAUCUGCUUUGAUUCUAGCUGAAUCAUUCUUGCUGUGCUGUGACCAGUGAGAAGGACUAGGUGCCUUUCUCAAAGAAUCAGCUUUAUUUUUAACUUUGGAUAUUUUUGUUGGUUUGCUUGUGACCUUAUUAGUCUGACAGCUCUCUAAUUGUAGCUGUGGUUUCCCCAUUACUUUUCCUUUUAUACCAUUUAAGUAUGUGAUCCUUAGCUUCCACUUGUAAAAGACAAAAGAUCAUCUGGGAGGGCAGUUUAGCCUCCCCUUCCCCCCUGGCUUUUGAGAGGGGAGAACAGGGUUCGGGAGGUGGAAAGGGAAGAGAAAUUGUUGAAGGAAGAGGAAGGGAAAAAAUAGCUGCAAGCUGGGCAUGGUGAGAGAUGACUCAGCACUUUCUCAGGGUAGAGUCAGGAGGAUCAGAAGUUCAAGGCCAGCCUCAUCUAUAUAGUGAGUUUUCUGCCACCCUGGGCUAAAUGAGACACUGUUUUAAAAAAAGAGAGAGAAGAGAGAAGAAAAUACAAAAAAAAGUGUUUUCAAUAUGAAAUGUUACUUUUUAAAAAAAAGCAUGAAAGUGGCAAAAAACCUCUGAGAGGUUAAUUCUCAAACAUGUCUGUGCUGUUACCUUGGUGAACUGUUAACAAUUUGCUUUUUAUACUUAUGUCUUUUUCCCCACUUAAAGAAGUCCUUGGUGUGAGGCUGAGGUUGGUAGUAGAGCAUUUGCCCAGCUUGUUUGUUUCCCGACGUUCAAUAACCAGCAUUCCAGACACCUGUAACCUCAGCACUCAACAAAUUGAGGUGGCAGCAUCUUGAAUACAAAGCCAGCCUGGAGUGUAUAUAUCACAUCAGACCCAAUCUCAAUACCACUCCCUUGGAAAAGGGAAUUCCAUAGCCUUCCCAAGGUUUUAAAGCAUGAAUGUGAUAGUUUAUUUCCUUAUUUGAUGCUUACCAAUUUUAAAGGUAGGUAAAUCUAAAGCAGUCUCUUUGGUUAUAACAUGGCAGUUUUUGUCUUAAAGAAAUAACAGUUUCUAGUGUAUCCUCAACUUCAUGGUUCAGAAUGGGUUUUUUGUUUGUUUUGGUUUUUUGGUUUUUUUUCUUUUUGAUUUUUUCCUUUUUGCCAGCACCAGGGAUUGAACUAAGACCCACCCAUGCUGGUCAAGUGCUUUGCCACUGAACUACAUUCCCCAGCAGUAGAAAUACAUUUCUAAGUCAGGUGGCUCAUGUCUGUAAUUCCAGCACUUGGGAAGCUGAAGCAGGAGUUUGCUGUGAGUUCAUGGUCAUCACUAGCUACAUGGUGAGCUUCAAGCUGGCCUGCAUGGGCUGCAGAAUGAAAGACACACACACACACACACACACAUACACACACAAAGAUAGCUUCAAAAACUGGUAGACAGUUCUCUGCUGGGCUAUUGAAGAAGACUCCAUUUUGUGCUUGUGCGUGUGUACUUUAAGUCCUUGAGUAGCACUCCAUAACAAAUACAAAAAUAACCUAUGAGCAUGAUCAGUUUUAUUGAGUGCCUCAAGCCAAAAAGAGUGACCCUUACCACACACAACGAAUGUUGGACUUAUGUCUCUACUGCUAUAGUAUUUUAGGGUUUUCUACACUUAUACAGCUCAGCUUCCUCAUCUGUCAGCUGCUUUUUUGUCUUCAGCUCUUAUAAUUCUAGAUCUGAGUUCUUUUGUCCAUGGACAUCUAAAUGAAAAUUAUACUUCAGAGUAUUAGCCAACCUUUCUUUAGCCCCUGGGUGGUAAAAUAGGUGGGGAGAAGUGGUCUGACCUCUUUCCUGGGAUAUUACCAACGUUUGUACCUUUAUAAUAACCUGUUCCUGUCAGAAGUCAGACGAUCAGGUUUAUUUUAUAAAGAAUUAUAAAAAGUUUUCUUCAAAAGUAUUUUUUACAUAUCAUAUGAAAAAGGAAGUGUUUUAUUAAAUGUUCCACUGACUUAAAUAAUUUUGAAGUGAUAAUGUUGCUUAUAUCUUUCAGAAAAAAAACAAUUGUAGUAGCUAAUGUGUAAAUAACUUAAAAGGCUAUUUUAGUAAUUUAAAUAAAUUUACUUUUUGGGUUUGUA